CAAAUAUUAGCUUAAAUACACAUGUUAUUUGUUGUGUAAAUUGCAAAACUAAAAAAACUUGAAUGAGAGAAUGGAUCAAUUCUCUCAAGCAAUUCUUACAUUAGUCUCGAUUCUUGUAGUAGUUUCUUCGAUCUGCUACUUCAAAUUUCUGUCAAAAUCUGCAGCAAAAUCCCCUCCAGGGCCAUGGGGUGUGCCGAUCCUCGGCUAUCUCCCGUUCAUUGGCGCUGAUAUGCUCAGUAAGUUCUCCCAACUCGCGAGCAAGUACGGAGAAAUUUACAUGCUUCGUCUUGGCAACAAGCUUUGUGUUGUCAUCAAUUCUCCGUCACUGGUGAAGGAGGUUGUCCGAGAUCAAGACAAUGUUUUCUCCAACAGGUCCCCGCCGGUUGCUGCCUUUAUCGGGACUUAUGGCGCGAAGGAUAUUGCGUGGUCGCCCAACAACUCCGAGUGGAGGGCGUUGAGGAAGGUUUUUGUGCGCGAGAUGCUAAGCAAUAGAAGCCUUGAGGUCUCUUACACUCUUCGAAGGAACGAGGUGAGGAAGGCCAUUCAACAAGUUUACAAGAAUGGAAAGGCAGCUGUUGAGAUUAGUUUACUAGCAUUUCAAACCGAGAUGAAUGUAAUAACUAAUUUGCUGUGGGGUGAAUUGCUUGAAGGAGAAGACGAGGAAAUAUAUGGAAAGAAGUUUUGCGCGAUUAUCCCUAAGUUUAUUGAUUUGUUCGGAAAGGCAAAUAUUUCAGACUUCUAUCCAUGUCUAGCAGGACUUGAUAUUCAAGGAAUAAAAAGGCAGAUGGAGAGCUAUCGGCAUGCUAUAGAUAGAAUUCUCAAUGAUAUCAUUGAAAAGCAUAAGAAGAAGUUAUCGGAAGGUGUCACGGAAAAAGGGAGGAAAGACUUUCUUCAAAUCUUGUUAGAGUUAAAGGAGAAAGAUGAAGAUUCGAUAAGUGACACACAACUUAAAGCCUUGAUAUUGGAUAUCAUUUCAGGAGGAACCGAUACAACUGCAUCGACAAUUGAGUGGGUAAUGGCGGAGCUAUUGAACAACCCUACGGUGAUGGAGAAGGCGCAAACAGAGUUAGCCGAGGUUGUAGGAUUAGAUAACAUCGUCGAAGAACACCACUUACCUAAGCUAAAGUACUUAGAUGCUGUUGUCAAAGAAACAUUACGCCUACAUCCGGCAAUACCCCUUUUGGUCCCAAGAUCUCCAUCUCAAUCUUCCAUAGUCGGGGGAUACACCAUCCCAAAAGACACUAUGGUUUUCAUAAAUGUUGCCUACAUCCAAAAGGAUCCUCGUUUUUGGAAUAGUCCACUUGAGUUCAAGCCCGAGAGAUUUCUAGGCAAUGGAUGUGAUUUUAGUGGUAAUAAUUUUCAAUUUCUUCCAUUUGGAUCGGGGAGACGGAUGUGUGCUGGCCUACCCUUGGCGGAGAGAAUGCUAAUGUAUUUUCUAGCUUCACUUGUGCAUUCAUUUGAUUGGAAAUUACCGAAUGAUCAGAAACUUGAUAUGUCGGAGAGAUUCGGGAUGAUAUUGAGGAAGAGUGUUCCCCUCGUUGCCAUUCCUAAUGCUCGGUUGUUUGAUUCAAACUUAUAUAUGUAAUAUAUCGAUCUUCCUAAUUAAGUAAUUGCAAUUUCAUUUUCAUCUUUGUACUCAUAUUUAGGGUUUGCUUCCUUUGCAUUUUAUAUAUGUUCAAUAUUGUCCCACGUUGAAAUUGAUAUGAUGUUGGAGCUUUCCUACUUUAUAACGAUGAAGAGUCGCUCUAUCUAAUACCA